UCCCCCGCCUCUCCAAGACUCCAACCAGAGCGACGAGCUCAAUCGACUGGCGGCGACGGCGAUUUACCUCCGAUCUCAACUCUAGUUUUCUCAGUACUCCGCCGCAAGAUGAAGCUCGUUAGGUUUUUGAUGAAGCUGAACAACGAGACGGUGUCAAUCGAGCUCAAGAAUGGAACUGUGGUUCAUGGAACCAUCAUAGGGGUUGAUAUUAGUAUGAACACGCAUUUGAAGACGGUGAAAAUGACGCUCAAGGGGAAGAAUCCGGUGACCCUCGACCAUCUAAGCUUGAGAGGCAACAACAUUCGCUACUAUAUCUUGCCGGACAGCUUGAACUUGGAGACUUUGCUUGUGGAGGAGGCUCCGAAGAUUAAGCCCAAGAAGGCUGUUGCUGGGAGGGCUGUCGGACGUGGCCGAGGGAGGGGUCGUGGAAGAGGCCGUGGCCGUGGUCGUUAAAUCGUCUUUAAUAUGGCUGCGCAUCAAGUUUCCAGGAUCAGUUAGGGACUUGAGAGAAGUGAAAACUCGUUACGUGGUAGCUAAUAGUGCAAGUUUGGAGGAAGUUGUUGAGAUGGUGGAAACUGCAGCUUUGUAGGGCUUCGAAUGUUUGAUUCCAUUGAUGCUGCUUUUUCUUCUGAAAGACUACUGAUCAUGUACUAUGCUGAGAGACUUAUUUCCGAUGAAAUUUAACAAGCAUUUAUGCUGCC